ACAGCUCUCUGCGGUGCGCAAGAGAGGAAAAGAAGAGAGGGGGCGAGACCACACACAGACGUGUGAGAGCAAGUCAUGGCCGGCAAAGCACUCCAAAUCUCCAACCCAUUCCCCUCCACCCUCAGCCCGCCGCCCACCUUCUUCACAUGGAAGCCGCCCAUGUUGCUCCCCCCUCGCGCCGCUGCCGGCGACGACAAGCCCGCCGAGUCGGACGCUUCCGCGGAGUCCCCGGCCGCCGCUGACCCCUCCUUCGAGAAGCGGCUCAACCAGAUCCGGCUCAAGUACCGCAGCGGCACCGGGAAGAAGGCCGAGCAGCGUAAGGCCCGGAAGACCCCCGGCGCUGGCGCCGGUUCAUCCGGCAAGAAGAAGGGCAGCGUGCUGCUCCCGCCGGUUCCGCUGCGGGAGCCGAUGGCUGUAGGGGGCGUGCCGGUGGAGGUGGGCUUCACCCCCUACAGCGAGCGGCUAAACGGGCGGCUGGCCGGGCUCGGGCUGGCUGCGCUGCUGCUGGUCGAGCUAGGCUCCGGCAAGGGGCUGCUCCGCUACCACGCGCCGGCCGUCAUCUUCAUCCAGAUCUACACCGUCGCCGCGGCGGGCGCCCUUUUCAUCAAAUUCGACAAGGAGAGAAUCAGCGUGUGGCCCGAGAAACCACCGGCUUCCUCCUCCGCUGCUGCCGGUGAUUGACGGUCAGGAUUCACUCUACAAUUAUACUUCAAAUCCUUUAAAAAUCUUCUUUUUGCUAUUAAAACUCUCUCUAAUUGUAAUUUGGUUGGCAUGAUUUAAUUACCACUCCAUUCCA